AUGGAAAUGUCUCCAUUUCUGUGGCUGUGCCUUUUCCUGCCCCCGGGGAGGGGACACAGCCUGUUCACCUGUGAGCCAAUCACUGUCCCCAGGUGCAUGAAAAUGGCCUACAAUAUGACAUUCUUCCCUAACCUGAUGGGCCAUUAUGACCAGAGCAUCGCCGCUGUGGAAAUGGAGCACUUUCUGCCUGUUGCAAAUCUUGAAUGUUCACCAAACGUUGAAAUAUUCCUUUGCCACGCUUUCGUACCACCCUGCACGGAGCAGAUCCACGUGGCUCCCCCUUGCCGUAAACUAUGUGAGGAAGUGUAUUCUGACUGCAAAACCUUAAUGGACACGUUUGGGAUCCGGUGGCCCGAAGAACUUGAAUGUAACAGAUUGCCACACUGUGACGCCACUGUUCCUGUAACUCCUGAUCCACACACAGAGCUCCUGGGUCCUCAGAGGAAAACAGAACAAGUCCCAAGAGACAUUGGCUUUUGGUGUCCAAAGCAUCUUAAGGCUUCCGGAGAACAAGGCUAUAAGUUUCUGGGGAUCAACCCCAGUGCCCCUCCCUGCCCCAACAUGUAUUUUAAAACUGAUGAGCUGGACUUUGCCAAAAGUUUCAUAGGGAUAGUUUCAAUAUUUUGUCUCUGUGCAACUCUGUUCACAUUCCUUACAUUUUUAAUUGACGUUAGAAGAUUCAGGUACCCAGAGAGACCAAUCAUCUAUUACUCCGUCUGUUACAGCAUUGUUUCUCUCAUGUACUUUGUUGGGUUUCUGCUGGGCAACACCACAGCGUGUAAUAAGGCGGAUGAGAAGCUGGAGCUCGGGGACACGGUUGUUCUGGGAUCGAAGAAUAAGGCUUGCAGCGUGGUCUUUAUGUUUUUGUAUUUUUUCACAAUGGCAGGCACCGUGUGGUGGGUGAUUCUCACCGUCACUUGGUUCUUGGCUGCAGGAAGAAAGUGGAGCUGUGAGGCCAUUGAACAAAAAGCGGUGUGGUUCCACGCGGUCGCCUGGGGCACGCCUGGUUUUCUCACCGUCAUGCUGCUUGCUAUGAACAAAGUUGAGGGGGACAAUAUUAGCGGGGUUUGCUUCGUUGGCCUCUACGACCUGGAUGCCUCUCGCUACUUUGUCCUUCUGCCUCUGUGUCUCUGUGUGUUUGUUGGGCUGUCUCUCCUUCUAGCUGGCAUCAUUUCCGCAAACCCAGGAGCUCGACCAGACCUGGCUUUAUUUAUGAUAAAAUAUCUGAUGACAUUAAUCGUUGGCAUCUCUGCAGUCUUCUGGGUUGGAAGCAAAAAGACCUGCACAGAAUGGGCCGGCUUCUUCAAACGAAACCGCAAGCGAGAGGUAAGUCCAAAGAGUGACCUCACUGAAACCGGCCUGGUGAAGAGCAGCAGCCUGCAGGUCCCCAGUUCUUCACUGCAGGUCCCCAGUUCUUCAGACCCAGCCAGCCCCAAGGGUUCCACUUCUCUGCUCGCUCACCCGGCUUCUGGAGUUAGGAGAGAGCAGGGUGCUGCCGGCCAUCCGGACACAUGA